UCUGAGGAACUCGCCGCUCUGUCCGCUCAGACAUGUCAUUAACUGCCCCUAAGGCGCGGCAGGGCCAGACCGAGUGGCCUCGCGGGUGCCCACGGCCCAUGGCCCACGGGCCGGACGCUCCCCACCCCUGCCCUCCGGAGCCCAUGCCCCCACCAGCUCUGGACUCGCCAGGGGCAGAGGCUGUGCUGCACCGAAAGGCAGGGGGCUCUGAGGGCGAGUGAUGGCCACCUGCCCCCGGGGCCUGAGGAUGACCCCGCUCCCCUCCUGGCCUUCCUGGGCCCAGCACGUGCCUGGCAUGUGUCAGGGCUGAGUCACCGGCUGGCCGUGCCCCUCAGAGCCGGGCCGUGGCCACCGCCCCCGAGAAGGAAGGGUGGGUGCCCGCUAUGUCGGAGGAGCUCCAGCCUCCUGGGAACUCGGGAACCCCAUUUUUGAGGCCCGCCCAUGGCCCCGCCCCUCCCCAGGAGGGAAAAGGGAGCCGCCAGUCGCUCAGCUCACAGGCACUGGGAGGACCAGAGGACAGACUGCGGUUGCCACUCCAGGCCGGGCCAUGGACCCCCACGAGAUGGCAGUCAAGAACCCCUACACCCACAUCACCAUCCCCCGGGCUCACCUGCGGCCGGACCUGGAGCAGCAGCUGGGGGCAGCCCCCUGCUCCUCAGAGCUGCAGCCUCUGUCUGGGGGUGCCUGCGCCCUGGAGCCCGGCCGCCUCCUGCAGCCCAUCGAGGGGGCCAAGGGCGCCGAGGGGGCCAAGGGCGCCAAGGGGGCCAAGGGCGCCAAGGGGGCCGCCCCUGUCCAGGGCCAGCUGUCCUGGCAGCAGCCUGGCAACCCCUACUGCAGCGGGCGCCCGGCGGGACUGACCUACACUGGCCUGCCGCCCAUCGGGCGCGGCGACGACAUCGCCCACCACUGCUGCUGCUGCCCCUGCUGCUCCUGCUUCCCUAGGGGGCCCCGGCGGCGGCGGCGGCCCUGA